UCUCUCUCCUCCCUCCUCCUACUCCCAGCUCCUCUCUGAGCUCGAGCCACUCUUCCCUUUAGAGCCUUCACUAGUUCUCCUCCCGAAACCUGCGCGAGGCGGCCACUGAAGCGCGAGGCGACUUCCCCCCCUCUCCCCUUGACUCCAGUCAACAUGGCUACAGUUGUGACCUCGACCAGAUUCACAGACGAAUAUCAGCUGUACGAGGAACUCGGAAAGGGUGCCUUCUCCGUUGUUCGUCGAUGUAUCAAGAAGUCCACUGGCCAGGAGUAUGCCGCGAAAAUUAUCAACACAAAAAAGCUCUCGGCCAGAGAUCACCAGAAAUUGGAGCGGGAGGCGAGGAUCUGUCGCCUGCUGAAACAUCCUAACAUAGUACGACUCCAUGACAGCAUCGCAGAGGAAGGCUUCCAUUACCUUGUCUUUGACCUAGUCACCGGAGGCGAGCUGUUUGAGGACAUUGUCGCCAGAGAGUACUACAGUGAAGCAGAUGCCAGCCACUGCAUUAAUCAGAUCCUGGAGAGCGUCAGCCACAUCCACCAGCACGAUAUUGUCCACAGGGACCUCAAGCCAGAAAAUUUGCUCUUGGCCAGUAAGAUGAAGGGAGCGGCGGUGAAGCUUGCAGAUUUUGGCCUCGCUAUUGAGGUUCAAGGGGACCAGCAGGCGUGGUUUGGUUUUGCAGGAACUCCGGGGUAUCUGUCCCCAGAGGUGUUGAGAAAGGACCCAUAUGGCAAGCCAGUGGACAUAUGGGCGUGUGGUGUGAUCCUGUAUAUCUUGCUGGUGGGCUACCCUCCAUUCUGGGAUGAGGACCAACACAAACUCUACCAGCAAAUUAAGGCUGGUGCUUAUGAUUUUCCUUCUCCUGAGUGGGACACAGUGACCCCUGAGGCCAAGAAUUUGAUCAAUCAGAUGUUAACGAUUAACCCCGCCAAAAGAAUCACUGCCGACCAGGCCCUCAAGCAUCCCUGGGUCUGCCAACGAUCCACUGUGGCCUCCAUGAUGCACCGUCAAGAGACUGUGGAAUGUCUGCGCAAGUUCAAUGCCAGAAGGAAGCUUAAAGGAGCUAUCCUCACUACGAUGCUCGUGUCCAGGAACUUUUCAGUGGGACGGCAGCACACCAGUCCUGCCGCUACCACCAGCACGGCCGCAAUGGCUCAGGAAGCGUGUAAAACCUUACUAAACAAAAAGUCGGAUGGUGUGAAGUCGCAGGGAAACAACAGUAAAAACAGUGUAGUAAGCAGCAGCAGCACCAAAGACAGCAGCAUGUCAUCUUCAGCACCAAUGGAAGCCCAGACAACUGUUGUACACAACCCAGCUGACGGCACCAAGGGCUCCACUGAGAGCUGUAAUAACAUAGAAGAGGAGGAGAUGAAAGGUAGGAAAGCGGCCACCAGUGAAUCUACCAGUACAGACAGUGCAGGCUUAACACAGUCCAGCACUAUUGAGGAGCAGGCGCAGACCCCGUCUCCUCAGUGCCCACCACUCACCUCUGGUCCCCUGCAGGAGGCUGUUAGCAGCCCCAGUGUUCCUGUAGCUCAGCCCAGCCCAGCUCAGAGCUCGUGUCCUGCACCAGAGUUCACUCUUUCACCCCCCACAGGCAGCAGCAACCUGCAGCAGACUCGUAAACAGGAGAUAAUAAAGAUGACUGAACAGCUGAUUGAAGCCAUCAACAAUGGAGAUUUUGAGGCUUACACGAGAAUCUGUGAUCCAGGACUAACUUCUUUUGAACCGGAGGCCCUCGGAAACCUGGUCGAGGGAAUGGACUUUCACAAGUUCUACUUUGAGAAUCUUCUGAGUAAAAACAGCAAACCGGUGCACACCACCAUCCUCAACCCCCAUGUCCAUCUGAUCGGCGAGGAUGCCGCCUGCAUCGCCUACAUUCGUCUGACGCAGUACAUCGACAGUCAGGGACGGCCGCGUUCCUGCCAGUCUGAGGAGACUCGUGUGUGGCACCGCCGUGACGCCAAAUGGCUCAAUGUGCACUUCCACUGCUCAGGGGCACCAGCUGCACCCCUGCAGUGAACUGAGAACUCAGGCCCAGCUUUGCCUGAAGUCUAAAGCUAUUGGGAGCAUUUAUUCUCCGUGGUCGGAGCGGUGUCUGGAUCCUGCCCAGGAAGAGGCUGCUUGGAAAACACAAAUGUGGGAAACAUACCUUACAAUUUAAAAAAAAAGAAAGAAAGAAAAACCAAAACAAAACCACAAACCAAAAAACAAUUUAAAAAAAAAUGCAUAUCUUAAAAGCUCGACUGAAUGACCGACCACACCGACCAACACCAAUCCAGUCCAACCCUAGCUAGAUGAUGUUGGGGCCCAGCUGAUGUCAGCCCCUUUUUGCAGAUGGUGCAUGCUUCUGGUGGCAACACAGGGGUGAUGCUGUCCUGAUCCUUUUCUCCCAUGGCCUUCAUUUCCCCACUCUUUGUUCGUCUGCCGCGUGGAAAAGUAUUAACAUGUUCAAAAUUAUGUAUAACAAAUGAAAAAUAAGUACACUUCGCACAGAGACCGGGGCAGCGAGGACGUCUUGGAAAAAGUGAUUUCUGUUCAGAGCGUCUGUUUUAAUCCAGUCGUUUUAGAGUUGUAAGGUAUUUGUGGGUGGGGUUUAUGGGAACGCGAGCAACUAAUGUAAAGUUAAUAUUAGAAUUUAACACCAGAUUUAAGUGUCAGAUUUGAGUAUCUGCACACGAUGUUUUAAAGGGGUUCAGGUGUUACUGAAGGGACCUUUAUUUUUAUUUUGCUUUUUUGUAAUAUGUAUUCUGAAAAACGUUUUAUCUCCUGAACGAGGGAUACUGUUUUAAAGUAUUUUGUGUUGGAAAAAAAAUCAUUUUUAAUCAAGAGGGGUUUUAUUUAACAGAAUUGUGUAUAAAUGGAUAUUUAUAUAGGACGAAGGGGGGUGGAGGGGGGCAUGAUUUACUUCUGAGGUGUAGGUAGGGGAGCUGAAGAUGAGUGUGACGGUGUUUUCGGCUUUUUUUUCGGUUUUUUUUGGUCCCGAAGUGUAAAUACAAACAUAUUCACAUGCAACAUGCAUGCACACACACACACACACACACACACACUCAAAGUCCCUGUGCUCCAGCCUUUGAGGUUGAGCCCUUCCUGAGCUUUAGACACGGCAUCCAGGCCAGCUCAUCCUGAAGUUGCAGAAGGCCUCCAUCUGUCUGCCCUGCACUGUGUGCAUUCGAACACUAGGCAGCGCCAUUGGUCAAAGUCUAAAGCUCCUCACGUCUCUAAACUACCUGGUCUGAAAGCAUGGAUGCUCUCAAUCUAACUCUUUAGUUUUUCUUCUUUAGUUUAGUUUGUGUGUGUCUGCGUGUGUGUAUUUGAUGUGAAGCAUGAUUUAUCUUAACUCUCUGAUGGCCUGUACUGUUUUUGCACAGACACUUAAGACUCGAUGCUGUUGUGGUCGCUCUUCUGAGGGAGUGAACCUUUCUGCAACUUCAGGUUAUGCUUGCCAAAAUCCUUCCCUUUCACCCUACCUCUGCCACUCUACUUUCAUCAUUCCUUCCCUUUUACAAUCUCCACAUUUGUCGUGACCUUUGCUAACCAGCCCUUACUACCAUCUUAGUAGCACCACGACGUGUGAUGAUGAUGUCACCCUUAUGCCUGUCUCUUGUUCUGAUUGUGUUCUUGAAAUAAUUUGUAUAUCGUCAGUCUUGGCUUGCUGUACUUCUGUGUGAAGUCCUGGCAUUAUUACAAAAAAAAAGAAAAAAAAAAAGCAUGUUUAAAAAGGAAUGCAGCCGAGGGAUUGGACAGGAGGAAAUUUUAAAAAAAAAGGCACGAUGGGAAGAGGGCUACACUGGCUAGAGGGCUCUGGGACCUUCGCUGAUCAACUGCAGUCAGUGAAUUUGGCCCCGUUUAGUUUUGGUUUUUUGUCAGAUUCUGUUGUAAAUGUUGUAGCUGUUAGUGUUUUGAUCUAAUCUUUGAUAUUUUCCAUUUGUUUUAUGCAGAGGUUAAAAAUAUUAAGGGUUUGAAUUGAAUGGAGAUUCAUCCCCUCACACACAGAUCACUGCACACACCGAAUGCUGAAAUGUUGGGAUAAAGAUUUCCUCUUGUUAAAUAUUUUUGGAAUUCACAUCAUGAAAGCACAUGAGAUCAAAGAUUCUGCCUGAAAAAAAAAUAACAAAAAAUAACAUAUCUGUGUGUCAGUGGUUAAACUUUGCAGCACUGUUUUUUCACUGUGUCGUAGAAACUUUGUGAGUGUGUGACUUUGUACCAGUGGAGGGGUGAGGCUUGCUAUCUGUCCCGUCCCGUCCCGUGCGGCGCCGCUUAAUAGUAACUCAUGCACCACCCGUCCUGUUGCUGGUGGUCACCUAAGAGCAGAAACCACAUCAAUGCUUCGGACCAUCACAUAUCUGUGCGCUAACACGGUCAACAGACUGUAAAAAAAAAAAAAAGUAAAUAAAUUUAAAUCAUAUGUGAGCCCCACCCUACUGUAUCAAGCGCCUGUGCUGUGGACAUAUCUGACAUGCCAUGAAAACUGUGUCUCCUCCCACUUUUUGCACCACAAUGAAGCGUUGUAAAACCAGUACUGAAACUAUGUGAUGUUUUGUAUGGUUCAGUAGUUCCAUUUGUGCUCAGUUGUUUGUUGAUACCACAAAUUGAUGAGAUGCUUUUCUUUCAUUGUGCGUGUCUGUGUGUGCGUGCGUGUAUGUAUGUGCGUGCGCUCGUUUCCACGCUUAUGAGAAUGUUUAAAUGGAACGGGGAAAAUGCAGUUAGGCUUUAACGAUUAUCUUAAAAGGAGGGGAAUUUAUCAGAGUUUGCCAAAGUAUUUGGACAGUUGACAUCAAGCUCUUUUGGUCAAUUAUGACAAAACCAAACUAGACUCAAAUAUUUUGAUAUGUUGUAGCAGAGAAAACCAAGGCAAAACCAAAAAUAUUAAAAGGUUGAAUUCCAUUAAGUUUUGCACUCACCUCUGAUCUGCUUUUGUUAGGCUGGAAGUGAGCCAUCAUUGAUGUUAAUAUGUGAGCUGCACAGGUUAACAAAUAAGUUUUCAGUUAAACGUUAACAGUGAUUCGUCAUCGUUUGUGACCUUACAGUGAGUCACACAGGUGGUGUGCAGAUCCAUCUGCAUCCUGCUGCAACUCCAUAUUUUUUAUUCUUGGACUUUUACUGACUUUAUUAUUCAACUUAUAACAAUUCUGUCCCGUCCCCCUCCUUUAAGGUAGCUUUUUCCCCUGAUUGGCUGCCCCUCACAAACAGAAGGUUUGAACAGGAAGUGGAUAGAGCUGCUAUCCUCAUCCAGAGUUUUGUGCAUAAAAUAUUAACUAACAUGAACCAGAGCUAAGAGCCUGAGAUUUGGGGUUGUGCAUAUGCUUACCUGGUUACUUUAAAUUGGGUGCGUUUAGUAAAAAAGAGAAAAAAUAUUAUGGAAAAAAUAUACUUUAAAUUUCAUCUCCACUUUCUUUGAUCAUAAUUAACCUUAAAAAUUAGAUAUUUCUCAUGUUUUGCUGAAUUGCAGGUGGCAACAACAAGCCAAGACAGGGAUCACUAGUAGCAAGUUACAAUGGAUCUAAACACUGCGUAUGAUGAUUUUAGAAAUAUCCACUUUCACAAAGCAUCUUUAACAUGGUCCAAAUUUUAUAAUUCAUGCAGUUUCAAAGAAUCUUUUUCCCGACUUUAAGUAUAAACUUAUCUGUGAGUCAUUUGAUUUUUGAACCCUGACCUAGAAUAAUAAAGACCUGAAGAUCUAGUUUUGGUUUCUCAGUUUUCCAGUUUCGGUCACACCACAUAUAAUCUGUAUUUCUCCUUGGCUGAUGUCAGCUGUUGGAUAAAUCAGCUGCCUGAUCACUUUAGGGCACAGAUUAACUUUGAAAAAGCACCAAAUACAUAUAAGAGAAUAAUGAUUCCCUAUACUUCAAGUAGCUUGCCUGCAUUUGAAUUCUUUUAAAAGUCCUAUUGUGUUCAGCAGUCAGGCUCUCCAAAUACUUUGGCAAAUGUGUUAAGAGUGUACCCGAGUGAACCGAGGAGCUGAAAAGAUUUGUGAAAUGCUUAAAACAGAUGUUUAAAGAGGAUAAUUUAAAAACCACAAUCUUUAACAGCAACACUAUAUAUGCAGUUUUACAAAUGGAAGAAAUAUGCAUGUCUACUUUCCGGUAAUUUUUCACCGUUUACUUGAUAAAGAAAUGGAAACCUAUGUUAUUUGCAUCCUCAAGGUUAUGAAAAGGCUGAGAUGUUAAAAUCAAGUGAUGUUAAAUCGCUUUAAAAUGCUUAAAAGAUUAGCAAAAGCCUUAGCUUUUAUGUGCCCCUUGAAAGUGAAUUUAUUGCAUUGUAACCUUACAAUAAAAAAAAAGGGGGAAACAUAUGUCUGAGUUUCAAUUGGAUGCUGGAUUUUUGCAUGACCAUACAGUUAAUAAACAUACAUUAAAAAAAAAAA